UGCAAAUGGCCUAUCACUGUCAGGUAUAAAGAACCUGCCUCUUCCCUCUUUAUUACUUUCACACUUCCCGUUCAUUCAAACAAAGCUUACCAUUAUUUCUUUUCUUUCCCUUUCUUAUUUGUUGAGUCUUGUUAUUUAUUAGUUAGUAUUCCCUUUUCAUCUUCAAAAGACACAGAAAUAUCUUUAUUUCACUUGUGCUUUAGCAUAACCACAAAAAUAUCCAACCCUUUUUGGGACUUGGGGGAAGAAAUAGAAUGGCAGAAGAGGAAGUGAGUGUGAGUGAGGUCACUGGUCCAUUUCGUCAGAUUCUUUUUAUCUCUGCUGGUGCUAGUCAUUCUGUUGCUCUUCUCUCUGGAAAUAUUGUUUGCUCCUGGGGACGAGGAGAGGAUGGGCAGUUAGGCCAUGGGGAUGCGGAGGAUCGACUUUCUCCUACACAAUUGAGUGCUUUAGAUGGACAUGACAUAAUAUCUAUUACUUGUGGAGCUGAUCAUACAAUUGCAUAUUCAUUGUCAUGUGCUGAAGUCUAUAGUUGGGGAUGGGGUGACUUUGGAAGACUUGGUCAUGGAAAUUCUAGUGACUUAUUCACUCCUCAACCAAUAAAAGCAUUACAUGGUUUGAGGAUAAAACAAAUUGCUUGUGGAGACAGCCAUUGUUUAGCUGUGACAAUGGAAGGCGAGGUGCAGAGUUGGGGAAGAAAUCAAAAUGGUCAACUUGGUCUUGGAACCACUGAAGACUCUCUUUUGCCUCGAAAGAUUCAAGCCUUUCAGGGUAUUUCUAUCAAAAUGGUUGCUGCUGGUGCUGAGCAUACUGUGGCUGUUUCAGAAGAGGGUGCCCUCUAUGGAUGGGGCUGGGGACGAUAUGGAAACUUGGGCUUAGGUGACAGAAAUGAUCGCUUUGUUCCUGAGAAGGUUUCUACUCUCAAUGGAGAGAAGAUGAAUAUGGUUGCUUGUGGUUGGCGGCAUACCAUAUCAGUCUCUGUUACUGGCAGAUUAUACACUUAUGGAUGGAGCAAGUAUGGCCAACUAGGACAUGGGGACUUUGAGGAUCAUCUCAUUCCUCAUAAAGUGGAAGCUUUAGCCGAGAGUUUCAUUAAGCAGAUAUCAGGUGGAUGGAGACAUACAAUGGCUGUCACAUCUGGUGGAAAACUCUAUGGCUGGGGAUGGAACAAGUUUGGACAGAUUGGGAAUGGUGACAAUGCUGAUCAUUGCACUCCAGUGCAAGUUAAAUUUCCUCAUGGGCAGAAAGUAGUGCAGGUUUCAUGUGGCUGGAGGCACACACUUGCUAUUACUGAAGUGCAAAACGUUUUCUCCUGGGGAAGGGGUACAAACGGACAGCUUGGGCAUGGAGAAUCAAUGGACUGGAAUGUUCCAAAGAUUAUAGACGCUUUGAGUAUGGAUGGUUCCAGUAGGCAACAGAUAGAAUCUUCAAAGCUUGAUCCAUUGUCAGGUAAAUCCUGGGUUUCUCCAACAGAGCGAUAUGCAGUUGUCCCUAACGAAAGUGGACAAGCUGUUCAUUCAGAAAAGGGGAAUGACAGUGAUGUGAAUGUCCCUGGGAAUGAUUUGAAGCGUAUACGAAUGUGAUUCCUCAAGCCAGAAUUAGCUGUCAUUAGAAAUCCUGAACUUGCAUCUUCAAUUCUGAACGAACAAUGCCAUUCCUCACAUCCUUUAGCAUUUCAUUAUAAAUUUAUGCCACAUGUCGAAAAACAAUGUGAUAAUGUUGUUGCAUGCUGCAAAGGAAUGUAGCUAAUCCUUUGAAGUUGAUGCCGUUUAUUGGUAAGGUCAGUGUGAUUAUAGUAUACUAUGAGCUAAUAGGGAUAGGAGUGAAGGAGGCAAUGUUACUUAUUAUAACAUAAUUUUCUUCAGAUCUUAAAGAUAAGAAGAUGGCUUCUAAUGUGCUUGAUUUUCUGUUCUGAAGUCCUUUUGAAUAUGAAUGGAAAAGGUCAUAGGUAGGACAUAUACGAUGUAAGAUGUCAUGUGGAUGCUUACUAGAAUUGUUCCGCGAUACGAGUUUAUCCAAUAUCAUGGUGUAAAUUGUUUCCAUGCUGGAUAAAAUUUUACUCUUUUGCUUUCUUUUAUAAAGAAAACCUUUGAACUUUGUUCGAAUGCCAAAUGCAUGCCUGCAUGCAUGCAUGCAAG